AUGAUGCUUCAGUGUUUUGUCCCUCUGUGCUUCCUGUACUUCCUGUCCUUCUUGUCGCUCCCUGGAUGUGAGAGUCGCACCGUGAUCCUGGACAAAUGUGUGAUCAACGUUCACACACACGAACUGCAAAAGCACUGCUCCGCCCUGCGCCCCUCUGCUAUCGCUGGAGACACGGCCAUAGAGGUCAGACUGCUGGAUAAAACUCUGAUCCAGAAGGUUAACGAGGGCCAGACGUGCUGCUUCAUGCGUCUGCUGCUGCGUUUCUUCGUGGAGCGAGUCUUUGUGAACUUUGUGUCCGAGCCACAGCUGCAGAGCAAAGCCAGCGCGGUGGCUAACGGCUUAAUCAGCGUCCGCUCCAACAUCCACACCUGUCGCUGUCAGUGCGACGAAGACACUCAGAGAAUCAUGGACUCCAUCGUCACAGAGUUCGACAAGUUACAAAUCAAUGCUGCUGCUAAAAAGGCUGUUGGAGAACUGGACACUGUUCUGGAUUGGCUCGAACUCUACACUCAAAAAGCGAGAGCAAAGAAAUGA